CGGAAGCGUAGAGCGCAGGCGCUGUGAGGAGAGGUAUGGUUGAAAACGGACAGCUAUGCCGCGGAGUACAGGAACCAAACAGUAGCUGCCAAAUGUGACUGAUCUCAACAUCGAACCUGCAACCGCCGAAACAGUAUCGACUGCGGACAAAAGAAAGAAGGAGAGAGAGGAGGAGGACAGAAAUUUAUGCGGCGAACCUCGCGACAUCGUAUCCUCGGGAUAUCGGUUACAUCCCUCUCCUCCUCGACGAAAACUCGCCUGGGCAGCGAUACCAUUCUCUUGACCAAUGUUUUUCUCCAUCUGAAACACGGGGGAUUUAUAUAUCAAUUUUAGUUUUGUUUUGUUGACUUUUUUUGUAAAUAAAAAAACAAUAAAGGGGUCAUUAUGAUUCUGUUAACAUUCCAUAAUAGAAGACAUUUGAAUAGCUUUUAUCCAGGGGUGUUGUGCUUGCAGUUUUUGCUGUGGAUAUUAUGUGCCGUGUGUGGAGAGGAGCAGCCGUUCAGCGUGGAGGCCUGGCUACAGCGGUACGGCUACCUGCCCCCGACUGACCACCGCAUGUCCGUGCUGCGCUCCGCCCAGACCAUGCAGGCCGCUAUCUCUGCCAUGCAGCGCCGCUACGGUCUCAACGUCACCGGGACGCUGGACAGGAGGACGAUAGAUGAUAUCACACUGAGCUGGAUGAAGAGGCCUCGGUGCGGCGUCCCGGACCAGCAGGGGGGCGCGUCCAAACUGAACGUGCGGAGGCGGCGCUACGCCCUGACGGGACAGAAGUGGCAGCACAAGCACAUCACGUACAGCAUAAAGAACGUCACGCCCAAAGUGGGCGUGGCCGAGACCCACAACGCCAUCCGCCGUGCCUUCGAUGUGUGGCAGAACGUCACCCCGUUGCGUUUCGAGGCCGUCCCCUACAGCGCCCUGGAGAACGGCAAACGGGACGUGGACAUUACAAUCAUAUUCGCCUCGGGUUUCCACGGCGACAGCUCGCCCUUCGACGGGGAGGGGGGCUUCUUGGCGCACGCCUACUUCCCGGGGCCGGGCAUCGGGGGGGACACGCACUUCGACUCGGAUGAGCCCUGGACCCUGGGGAACCCCAACCACGACGGAAACGACCUCUUCCUGGUGGCGGUGCACGAGCUGGGCCACGCUCUGGGGCUGGAGCACUCCAACGACCCCACCGCCAUCAUGGCCCCCUUCUACCAGUACAUGGACACAGAGAACUUCAAGCUGCCUUACGACGACCUGCAGGGAAUCCAGAAGAUCUAUGGUCCCCCCGACAAGGCCCCUCAGCCGACCCGGCCGCUGCCAACUGCCCCGCCCCCUCGCUCGCCCCCCUCGGACCCCCGCAAGCACGACCGCCAGACCCGCCCUCCCCGGCUGCCCGCCGGUGACAAGCCCACCCACCCCAACGCCAAGCCCAACAUCUGCGACGGCGGGUUCAACACCCUGGCCAUCCUGCGCAGAGAGAUGUUCGUCUUCAAGGACCAGUGGUUCUGGCGGGUCCGGGACAACGCGGUGAUGCCGGGGUACCCCAUGCAGAUCGCCUACUUCUGGAGGGGAUUGCCGCCCAAGAUCGACGCCGUCUACGAGAACAGCGAGGGGAAGUUCGUCUUCUUCAAAGGGAACCGGUUCUGGGUGUUUAAGGACACCACACUGCAGCCCACCUACCCUAAGGACAUCUCCUUGUUCGGCAGUGGCAUGCCCACUCAGAGCAUCGAGACGGCCGUCUGGUGGGAGGACGUGGCCAAGACCUACUUCUUCAAAGGGGACAGGUACUGGCGGUACAAUGAGGAGAUGAGGACCAUGGACCCCGGCUACCCCAAACCCAUCACAGUGUGGAAGGGUGUCCCAGACUCUCCCCAGGGGGCCUUCGUGGACAAAGCCAAAGGUUUCACGUACUUCUACAAGGGGAAGGAGUACUGGAAGUUCAACAACCAGAAGCUGCGGGUGGAGCCGGGCUACCCCAGGUCCAUCCUCAAGGACUUCAUGGGCUGCGACGGCUCCACGGACCCGGACCGGGAGUGGCGCCCCCCGGAGGAAGAUGUGGACGUGGUGAUCAAGCUGGACAACACGGCAGGCACGGUGAAGGCCAUCGCCAUCGUCAUCCCCUGCAUCCUGGCGCUCUGCCUCCUGGUGCUGGUCUACACCAUCUUUCAGUUCAAACGGAUGGGCACACCCCGCCACAUACUGUACUGCAAACGCUCCAUGCAAGAGUGGGUGUGAGGUUGCGACCCCGGCACGACUCCCGCUCAUCUGACGCUGUGGCGUCUCCACGCCCGAUCUUGCGGACUGUGGCCGUAGUCUCCUCCCCCUUCGUUAUUUGAGGAGGGGAGCUGGCCUUAGCCCCUUCCCUCCCCUCCAGACUCCACCCCUAGAUAUGGGAAAGGCUAAUUACUUCAGCUCUCCUGCAUCUGCUCAGUGCAUCUGUACAGGGGGAAGGUUUUUCAGCCUGGACUCUUCCCAUAAUGCAUUGCGUUGUCCCUAGUUAAAUCAGGACAUUUUUUGGGCGGGAAGAAGCCUUCAACUACCCAGGUUUUGUUCCCCUACUCCGCACGCUUAAAAAAGAAAACACUAGCUCAACUUGCUAGCAUUCAGAAGUUAACGAUUUCCUUUAUCUUGCUUUUUUCAGUUAUUUAUACUGAUGAUUUUUUUUUUACUUCCCUUUAAGCAUUUUAUUUCAGAA